GAGAUGGAGGUUCAAGCUCCUCCGUGGACGGUUUGAGAUGAAGGUUAUGGAUAGUCCCAAUACUCAUUGUGCUAACCUAACAAAUCUCGCUAACUCUCUCGCUAACUAUACCGUUUUGGUCCCAAAAAAAAAAGACGGGGGAAAAUGACGGAGUCCAAACUUUGAUUAGCCUUUGACUCUUGCCGCUCACCACUGCAGUGGGGGUCGCCGUAAAACCUAACACCUCUCUCUCUCUCUCUCUCUCUCUCUCUCUCUCCCUCCUGUUGUUGGCCGCCUCUCCCAGCUUAAAUCUUUCUCUCCUGUCAUUCAUGGCGGAAGCCGAUUCCGCAAAAACCUUAACCUUAUCCGAGGAGUAUAUGUUGAAGGAGAAAGAAGAGAAGCUGGAUAUGGUUACAAAGCCUGCAGAAAAAUCUGAGAUGAAGAACACUGACAGUGCCACCGCUGAAGAAGUUUCCAGUUCAAUAACUGAUGAAACCCCUGUUGUUAGCAGUAGUAACGAUGUUGACUCUGCCGCUGCUGAUGAAAGCAGUGCAGAAUCUAGUGCUGCAGCUGAAGAAAGCAAUGAAACCACUCCUAGUGCAGGGGAGAGUGACAGUGAAGCCACAGAGGCUGCUGCUGACAAUAGCAGUGGAAAUGCUGAACAAGAAGACUUUAGGGAUCAAGAAGGUGAAGACACACCGGAGAUUAAGCUUGAGACAGCACCAGCAGAUUUCCGUUUCCCAACUACAAAUCAAUCUAGGCAUUGCUUUACCCGAUACAUCGAGUAUCAUCGGUGAGUCAAUCGAAAUCCUAUA